GACGUCACAAAGUGCGACUGUUUUCAUUGCUCGUGCAUGACAGUAGGGAAGAGCAAUGUGCAAGAUGUUUAUCUCUGUUAAUGCGUAAUUAAAAAACUCAAGAGAAAUUUGGAUUAACUCCAACGCAGCGAUUUUGUUCCUCUUUUAUUCACUAUGGACUUUUUGCCAUACACAUACACAUGGACAUGGACAUGGAUGCACAGCAUUCAGACUUGCAGGCUGUGUUCACAGAUGUACGGUCUGGACUUGUUCCUGCUAUGAGCACUGAGGAGCUCGCAAGUCAGAUUUCAUCAGCCAUAAACCAUUCUUUGCACAUUUUACUACAAUCUCCACACGGCAUGACAAGUGAAGACACAGAGAUGACAGGCAUGUUCCUUACACUUACUGGAAAAAUCAUCUCCAAGCUUACUUCAAAAAGUCUGCCACGAGAUGUCAGCGUGUUCUAUGAAGACGCCGUGAAGAGACUCUUUGGGGCCUCUAAUCUGACAGCUGAUCUUGUGUGUCUGAUGAACUGCCAGGACAGGAUGUUGUCUCAUUUAGCUGCAAAAUGCAUGGCUUCUUUUGUCAUAUAUGACAUCGGUAAUACUAUUGGUAGCAACCGCGUGUGGACGACUGCCUUCACAGAAACAUUUCAGAGUUCGGCUCCGAGCCGCGCCCUGGACACACACCUGUGGGCCCUGACAGACGUGAUUAAGAGGAUAAUGAAGUUAGACAGCAUUAACAAACGAGAGAUUUUGAUGAAACUUCUUGCUGAUUUUGAGUCAUCCCUCACUUCCUUGUAUCCAAAGCUGCUCUUUCAAGACAAUCCUGAACAUACACAUGCAGCAGAAAAUGACAGAGACACUGUCGAGUUAGAAAUCAGUGUAUGUGCACUCCUGGACCUUGUCGAAGUCCUCAGUGCUGCGAGGCUAAGGCAUGGCCUCUGCUCUUCCGUUCAGAGACUGGUGUUCCUCCAAACUUCAGCACUCCUCCGUCUGACGCUCUCCAACAUGAAGGAAUUUGUAAAGAAACGAGCACUGCUUUUGCUGAAGCGGAUUCUCGUUCAGAGAACAGGGGAGGAAUGGGGUUUCGGUGAAAAUCACUCUAAAGAGCGUGAUGAGGAAUAUUCCACCGAUUUGCUUCUGAUGGCUGAUGCCGUGCUCCAGGAAGUGGAAGCUGGUUGGCUCCGGAAGUUCCGUGUCAAAACUCAGGCGAGUUUCUUCGGUGGGAACAAAGUGAACGUUUCGGAUGGAGAAAUGAAAGAUGCUGUGAUGCUCAGGGCCGUGAGCCUGAUUCUGAUCAAGUGUCUGGAGAUUAAAACUCGGCAUGUUUCUACUCAAGGAGCUCACUGUGCCCUUGAUGUUCAGCCUUGUCUUAUGGAACUGCUGGCUUUUCUCCAGCAGCAGGUGCUUCAGGUUAAAGCAGUCACACAUCUCUGCUCUUGGAUCUUAGUAGUGUUUGCAGACCAGGAUGAUGACCUGAUAGAAUCAGCCAAGGUUUUGAUUACCUUGUAUUUACAUCAGAGAAGUUCGAGGUCCUCAGACCCUUCAGCAUGUGAGUGGGGAUGUAACCCUCAUUGUCACUUUACUCUCCUACUCAGAAGUCUCUCCUUCGACCACACUGUCCUCCUGGACUUCCUCAUUUCUGAUGAAACCUGCUUCUUGGAGUACUGCGUACUCUACCUGAAGCACUUGUGCAACCACUGGCAAGAUUUUUGUAAUGCAUGUUGUCGUAUCAAAAACUCUGAGACUGAGACACACACUCUGUCCCUCCCACAUUUUUCUGAAGCAUCAGAAACAUCACAACCUCGUGAUGACCCUCAGUCUAAAGUUCCUGGAUUUAGGCCAAGCCUGGUUGAUUAUGAGUGCUCAGAGGAUUCUGAAGACGAAGACAGAAGCGUGUCAAACCUCCAGAAGAGAAGGAAUGCUGAGGAACCAGUAGCAGAGAUCAACAUGAGUAAAGCAGGAGAACAGGCUGUGUGUGGAUCAGCAGAUACAGUGGAGAAAAUAAGCACUGCCUCCCCUGUGGGUCUGAGUGGGAAGGUUGCGUUGUGCCUUACUGAGUUAAGGACUGUUAUCACCCGACUUCACAGCAGGGGGCUAUUCCCAUACAACCCUACGUCUCUUCUUAAAUUGCUGCGGGCUAUUGAGACUAAAGGUCAUUUGGAAAAACUAACAGCACCGCAACUUAAAUAAUUUAAAUGUCUUAAUGAUGUACGGCCAAACAUUAUCUUCAGAGAAGACAAACCUCCUCUAACAAAACCCUGUUAACCACUGCAAAUUGUUUUAUACUAUUUCAUAUACAAAGUCCAGAAUUGCAUGAAAUCAUGAAAGCAAAGUCGACUUAUCUUGUUUGAGAUGAUGUUUUUUUUUUUAACUUAUGUAGCUGGGAGUAAUAAAUAUUUAAAUUCA